AUGUUCACAAAAAUAUUUCUUAGAUAGUAUUGUAUUUCUAAGCUUAGUAUGCAAUUAAUUUUUGGUUUACAAUGAAAAUGAAGUUGAUGAUCAAAUUCAAAACUUCUAACGUACUACCUAAAUUCUUCACCACUAGAUUAAAUCUAGUGACUUAACACUACAAUUAAAUUUAUUACGAAUUCAUGAAGUUAUAUUAAUUUUUGAAAUAUAUCCAUAAAAAUGAGAUGAGAUAUAGUCAGUUGAAUAAUUUUAUAAUAAAAAUGUACACAUAUUUAAAUAUUUAUUUUUUAAUAAGUUAAAUAUUUAUUUUCACAUUAUGCUAUUUGCAUUUUUUUUUUUUAAUUGUAGAUUGAUUCGAUUAAAGGCCAUGCAAACUAGUGCUCUAGGGUACUAGCUAGUUAAAAAUUGCAAAAGGGACUUAUAUUAAGGGACGGAGGGUCUACAAACUAAUCAUUAGCAUUUUCAAUUUGUCAAAAAAAAAAUCAUUAGCAUUUUCAAUAAAAUAGUAGUGUAUUGGUACAAAGAAAAAAGUCAACACGUUGUUGGAGAUGACAACUAUGAAGAAGUGAAUGAAAACAGUAUGGGACACGAAACGUAAUGGAUCAAACGGCCCAAAACAUAGUACAAUAAUAUCCAGACACACGUGGGAUUGAGUGAGUCGCCGCAAGAUAGCGUUUUUGCUGCGCUGGUGUUGUUUCUUCAAUGAGAAAUCCUACUACUACUCCUCCUAGGUUAUCCUAAUUCAGACACAAAAAUCAGAUACGAGGGACUAUGUCUGGUUUUGUUUGUUCUAGUUAAAUUAAACACGACAACACAAAUACGUGACUGUGUUUGUUUCUUUCUUCUUCUCUUCUCUUUUAUACCCUCCCUCCCUCUCCCUCCAAUAAUUCUUCAUUCUUUUUCGAUAUUUCAAAUCAAUCAUCAGGAUCGGCAAAGGUGAAUUCACUUGAGGCCUCGAAAACUAUGCAUUCUUCAUCUUCACCCCUUCUUCCCACUCUUAUGGAAAGCAAAUGUAUGAAACCCCCGGAUUCUUUUCACUGUUCACCUGGUAGGGGUCUGAAUACAAAUCCUACCUCAAUGCAAGCUGCAUCACUGAAUCCGAUCAGAAGUGUUCGUCCGGUGUUUUCAACCACUGUUGAAUGUCCUGGUGGCAUCCCUUUUUCUCCCAUUUCACAGCAUGAUAAGCAAUAUCAAGAUUCUCCCUUCGCUUCUCAAACAUUAGGUGACAAUGUGUCUUCGGAAAUACACUCAACAGCAUUCACUUCUCACCCUCAACAAAAUGAUGAUAUUUCUUGGGGACCAGAUCCAUUGCAGGAUAUUCUUAGUUUUCCUGAACUUUUUUCUGUUCAGAAUGAUCCGGUGGAAAACAGUGCUGCUUGUUACAUGAAUGAUGACAAUGUCAAAAAAUCUGAUUUCGGGGAAUGGGUUGAACAGCUAAUGACAAUUGAUGAUACUCUCCACCCAAAUUGGAAUCAGCUUCUUGGUGAUGACAAUGCUGCAGAACCAACACCGAAGGCAAUGCAGGUUUCUCAGAAGCCGCAUACACCAUCUGCAGAAGUUAACAUUCUUUGUAAUUCAGCAUCGGCAUCAACUGCAUCUCAAUCCAAGCCUAGAAUGCGCUGGAGUCCAGAACUUCAUGAGGCCUUUGUGGAAGCAGUUAACCAGCUUGGUGGUAGUGACAAGGCUACUCCAAAAGGUGUCCUGAAUCUGAUGAAUGUUGAAGGCCUUACUAUCUACCAUGUAAAAAGCCACCUGCAGAAGUAUAGAACUGCCAGAUACAAACCUGAGUCACCAGAAGAAACUUCUGAGAAAAAGAUGAGUUCAAUUGAAGAAAUGAAAUCUCUGGACUUGAAAACGAGUAAGGGGAUCACUGAAGCAUUACGGUUGCAGAUGGAACUCCAGAAACGGCUCCACGAACAACUUGAGAUUCAAAGGAAGUUGCAGAUUCAAAUUGAAAACCAAGGGAAACAUCUUGAGAUGAUGUUUGAGAAACAGAAACUGAUAGUUGACAACAAGGGUUCUACCACUUCAAACGCGCCUUCUUCUGCAUUGUUGGACACGGCGCUACCUUCUUCUCCUGUAGACAAUUCAAAAACGUCAAAUGACGAACGCGGAAAAUUAAGAUGUAACACCGAAGAAAGUUCCCAAGAUGCAAGCAAAAAAGAAAUGGUAGAUGAAGCUGAAGUUACCAAUGAACAUGAGAGGGUAGAUGAUCAGUUUUCUGACGUACCCCCGACAAAACGGGCAAAGAUUCAAUGACAUUGACAGCUUCUAGAUAUAAGAUGCUCGAAUUUCUCCUUCUGCUUAUCAUAAUGAUAUACUCAACUUUAACAGUAGCCAGCAAUGACUAAGUUUAUUUUUUGGGAUGGAAUUAAUUUCACUCCCUAGAUUUGUUUUUCUAUUCUUGGACAUGUUUAGAUUCCAUGGAACUUGUAGAUACUAGUAUAUUGUUGGAUCCAUGAAUGUUUCAACUAAUGUGUUUUUUAUGCUUUAUAAGGUUAUUGAUUUGACAGUCAAGUGAUCA